GGUCGCAGACUUGUGACGUGGGGGUCGCGGAGGGAUCCCAGCUUGUCAGAACCACGGCUCAGAGAGGCAGUGAGCAGCAUAGGACCACCGUUAGCCCAGCAGCUACUCAUUAGGACAGGGAGACAGUGAACCGAGGAGACAGACGCGCAGCUGUGGACGUUCCUACCGAGCCAAUGUUAACCUCCGGAUAGUCGCCGUUCUGCUGGGCUGCUCUAAGCGUUUCUAAGGGGGGGGCGGUUCGGAGCCAGCUUUCACGUCGCUACGCUGGUGUUCUGCGGUGGAAAUAGCCCCCAAACAUGUCGUCUCCAAGUCCGGGUAAAAGGCGAAUGGACACCGAUGUGGUGAAACUCAUCGAGAGCAAGCAUGAAGUCACCAUCCUCAGUGGACUCAAUGAAUUUGUAGUGAAGUUUUUCGGACCACAAGGAACGCCGUACGAGGGAGGUGUGUGGAAGGUGCGAGUAGAUCUCCCCGACAAAUACCCUUUUAAAUCACCAUCAAUAGGAUUCAUGAACAAGAUUUUUCAUCCCAACAUUGACGAAGCGUCAGGGACAGUGUGCUUAGAUGUCAUCAACCAGACAUGGACAGCCCUUUAUGAUCUGACCAACAUCUUCGAGUCGUUCCUGCCCCAGCUCCUGUCCUACCCGAACCCCAUCGACCCCCUGAACGGAGAUGCGGCUGCCAUGUACCUUCACCGGCCAGAAGAGUACAAGCAGAAAAUCAAAGAGUACAUCCAGAAAUAUGCAACAGAGGAGGCUCUGAAGGAGCAGGAAGACGGGGCCGGCGACUCUUCAUCCGAAAGCUCCAUGUCCGAUUUCUCAGAAGACGAGGCCCAGGACAUGGAGUUGUAGUGAUAGGAGGGCUCCCCAUCCCACCCCCUCCUUUAACCCCCACCCCCACCCCACCCCACAAAGACUAUAUUUGAUUUCCUAACCAUGAGAAAGCAGACUUAUAAUAUUCAUAUUUAAACAAGUUGAUUUUUUUAUUAUUAUUAUUAUUAUUAUUAUUAUUAUUAUUACUACUACUAAACAAGGAUUUUUAUGGAUAUCUAGCCUUUGGUGUGUUUGACAGACACCCUCCCAUUCUGUAGCUGUUCCUCCCUACAAAGAUGUCGCAAAAUGCUUUCACAUUCUCUCCCAGUUAUCUCUCCGCAUUUUAAAGGUGUGUUACGUAGUGGUAGGCAGGAAAACUCUCCCCCCCCCCAAAAAAAAUCACUCCCAGUGAGCUUCUCAGUUCUGUACUCAAAUUUUACUUUUUAAAAAUAGAGCUUUCCGGUUGAACCUGAAUCCUAAGUUCCUCUCUUUUCUCGUGACGCUACCUGACUCUGACCAAUGUUUCAUCAGCUGCUUCCCCCCCACAGAGCUGCUUAGGUCACUGCCUGCACAGCCCUUCAAUAUUAACCUGUAGUCAAGACAGUAUUUUCAAGGCCUACAAUUACACAUACGAGGUGUUUGGAGUAUCAAUACAAAACAUGUAUUGAUAUUGAUUGAGCCUUUAAUAAGAUACGCCUUUCUUUCUGGUUCAGUUGGGACGAGAACUUGGAUGUUACUGAACUUUUUGUUACACUCGAUUGGUCUGCUGCAGCUGCAUGCCUACAUGUGCCGCUGUGCAGUUCCAAUAUGAAUGCUUGGGAAGUAAAGUAGUUAAAUAGUCUGUUUACAGUUUAGUGCCGAAGACCUGCAGCAGCUUGCUUUUGGUGUUGAUGGGUGGGACGUCCGCUAGCUGCUUACAACAGCAUGCAACGAUUUGUGCACAAAGGCAAUAAGAACAGUUGCUCUUCUCUUCGGCCUUGUUGGAGGUUUCUGGUCAGUCUCACUUGGUAUUCCGGGAACUGAAAGAAGUCCAGAGCUUCCCCUUUAACCAAUUGACCAUCUGAGUUUCAUAUUUCAUGCAGCUCAUGAACAGGAGAGCACCAAGAAUUCACUCUGGCUUCUAAAACAAAUUCCAACUAGUGUCAUUGAUCAACUUCAAGAAGAAUGUAACAAUCUGCUAAACCCGGCUCCAAAGUCCAUUUGAAUUUGAAGCGAUAAACAACAGCAGUGGUCAUAUGGUUACUGAGCGGAUCUGAGUACAAUAGAAGCGAUUUGUUGAAGAUUCAGGUCGGUGUCGUCCCAGUCCUCCUCACAUUCCUCUCUUACCUGGAGUGUGCUGCAGGGCAUGGCCCCUCACUCUCAUUGGUCGGACCUGUGGUGUUUACCCCAACAACAUCCAGCGGACACCCCCACAAGUUAGCGUCUGCCUACCAGGAUCUCUGUUUGGAGAUGAUUACAAAAUAAGAGCCAAGUGUAUGACAUUUAGGCUUGUAGCAAUUUAUACGUUGAGGUGAUUUAAUUUAAUUUGUAAAGAUUUGGGCGGGGGGGGGGGAGAGUGUCAUUCAUUCAUGGUUGAUUCAUUGUGGCGGGUCGAGAUGUAACCUGUGAUGCGGGGAAAGAGACUUCUGUGGCAGCUUUUAGUUUCUGACUGUUUUUUCUCCUUUUUAUUUCUUGUGCGCUUCACAUUUUCCCUGCUGGUUUUUUUAAUUUUCUUUUUGUGUGUAAAGCCAUCUACCCUGUACAGUGAAGAGCCACCUCUCUGUAGCCUCAUGAGAACUCAGUGUUGUGCCCGAUACACUGACCCGAGCGUGGCCCGUCGAGGCGAACAUCAGUCAAACUACCUAGAAAACCUUGAAAUGUAUUCAAACAGUUUGUUUUUCUCGUUUGUGGCAGAUUGUGGAUCCCCGUAGCGUGAUAUUGAAAACUGACCCCCACUCUGACCUUCCUCUUCUGUGCCUCAUCACAAGAAGACAUUUUUAUUUUAUAAAUAAAUGAAAAGUCCCCAAAAAAGCCAUGAAGGUCAAAAAAUAACUAAGCACACUGGUUUUUACUCAUCUCCACUUUUCUCCUCCACCAAAAAUUAUGAUUUCAUAUCCAGCUCUGUUGCAGAUUAGGGGAAUCACCCAGGACUGAGAGGCUCGGGCGUAUUUGAGCUAAUGUAGGAUCGUUAGACUUUUAAGGCUCAGGUUCUGAAAUACAGGUUUGGUCGUAUAGCGCAUUGUGAUGAAAUAUUCCUCACCCAUAAGGUAUUGGACGGAUGGAAAUCAUGCUGAUACAUGUGGAGCCGUGUUCUUGUUUUCUUUGACAUGUCAGGAUAGUUACUUUCUCUGGGUGGUGACUUCAACUUAACAACAUAUGCUAUAUGGCUGUAUUACAGAUAGAGUUUAGCUAGUAUGGUCUGCUUACCAGAUAAAGCGUUCACUGCUCCAUCUUGCCUUUAGUUAGUGUCUGUCGUGUGGUUCAAUGUAAGAUACUCCAUAGAUGUGCCUGCGUGUGCUCUUCUUGCAGAUCCAGAGUUGUACAGACAAGUGUGAGAGGUUUCAAACUGUUUGAGCUAAAGUGAGCCUGAUAGAUCCAACUGUGCAGACAUCAGAGGUAUUGAUCAGCACCUUGUUGCCCCCGCCCCCCAAAAAACACGAUUUACCUACACACUCUGUGCCCAAAAUUUUAAAAUGUCCAAUAUCUAUCAGGAGAGUUUGCCUCACUUGAAGCCAUGCGUGAAUAAUUUCUCUCGCUCAGCCGGCAGAAUUUUUGGAUGUUAGCUUCCCGCAUAUCGAGCUCCUGCCGCCCCUCGACACGUCCAAGGCAGCGCAAAGCCACGUCUUUGUUUUCCACGUCUUCAGAGUGACGCUCGAACAGAACAAACGUUUAAACACAGCCUCACAGUUUUCACAACUGGCCUGUGUUUUUUUUAUCUCUGUCAGCUGCCUAUGAGUGUGUAUUUAUUCAUUAAUCGCAGAGACCUCCUUUGGGAUUUUUAAUCUUCAUUAAGUGCGACUCUUGUAAGUUAAGCUCCGCUUCGAUUAGAACUUGAAAUUUGGGUUUUCUUUCUCCUUUUUAAGUAAUUCAGAAAUUCUUGCUUUACUUUUACAUCAGUGCAGUAUUGUACUUUGAGUGCUGACAAAUACAGUAUAUCCGAGUUGAGAAAUGUACUAAAAUGGCACAAUAAUGUGCAGUGGUGCAACAGGGAACUAAUUAUAUUUUGUCUUUUUCAAAAACAAGUUUCUUGUGUUUGGGUAAAUACUUAUAUUUGCACCUGCUGGGCAGUAAAUUAAUGACAAAAUCAACUGUGGCCUGGUGUUGAACUCGUGAAACAGACGAUUAUCAUCUUCAUAUCUCAGCAGCUAAAGAAAAUGUCCUCAAACUAGUGAAAGAUUGUUCUUCCCAUUGCAACUUGAUGUCUAAAUUAUUUUUGAAUGGAAAACAAUUUUCCUUUUUCUCCUUUUUAUUUAAUUUUCCUUUUGUCUUUCUCCUCUGCACCUCUUCUGCUCUAAGAUAACAACGUCUUAAACACCCCCAGUUCAAAAACAUGACUCCAGACAACUAGAAUGGUGGUGUAUCAAGCCUUAGUCCCUGCAACCGUACUUGCACCCCCAACCCACCCCCAACACAUGGGAAGGACGUGAGCUAACGCAGUGGACUGGUCUAUCAUUAAUCCACAGACAGGACGUCCGGGGCCCGUCGUCCAUUUUAUCAGCCAGCACCCUGAUCCUGUAAUAUCACCUCCCCCCAUGUGUUGACUGUGUCUACUCGUGCACUUGCAUGCUUCUGGUGUGGAGUGGAGGCUCGACCGGUGCACAUCUCCCGUUCUGUCUUGUGCUUCUGUGGAUUUGUGCCCUGUGCUGGCCUGUCGCUGCCAUCAGGGGAUUUCGCUGGCACAUGCAGCAUGGAAAAUGGCAGAUUUUUAUAUUGGGGGGUAAAAAACUGUGUAUUUGGUACCUAGUGUGUGAUAGUUGAGGGUUAAAAAAGUCAAAAGGUUUUUUUUGUUUUGUUUUUAAAAAGUCCAUCCUUGGUCUUCUUUUCAUCACCCUCUUUGCCCUCCUUGUUUUUCUUUUCUUUGCAUUGUGAAGUUUGUCAAAAAGACAAAUGCUCUUUAUUAAUAGGCUUAUAACACCAUAAGUAGUUGUGUAUAAAAUAAACUGUUAUAACUUCUUUUUUAAUAAAACAUUCAAUGUGUAUAAGCGGU